UGCGAUUUGCGGAUCAAAAGGACAGUUUGUCCACGCAAAAGGCACAUUAAAUGCGCCACACCAUCGGGAAAGACAGCACUCGAAGCUCCUGCCAUACGAGGUGAAAAGCAAGUUUUGUUCGUAGCUAAAGUAAGCGCUUGAAUUUUACUAUUUCUAUUUCAUUUAUAUUGUAGAUCACAAAAUAACACAGAGCUCUAAAUACUUAUUGUACGUUUUAUAAUAUUUUGUUCUAACAGGUAAACAGAUUAUUAUACAAAAAUGUCUGAAAUCUGUCCAUGUUGUGACAAAGCUGUGUUCUCUGCUGAAAAGGCUGCAAUUAGUGGAAAGAAUGGCGAAGUUUGGCACAAACAGUGCUUGAAGUGCUCUCAUUGCAAGAAACGGCUGGAUAGCAUGACAUUUAACGAACAUAAAGGUUUGUAUGAAUAGACAUACAAAUAUGAUCACUUUAAUAUGUUCUGUUGUUUGGUGUUGAUGUUAAUGUCUUCAUCCUAUGUGUAUAGCUUUACUCCACAUCUACAAUUAAGUAGAAUACCUAGUUUAUUCACUGAUUUAGCCUUGUCAGUUGGAUGUACAGAUUUUCAAAAGAAUCUGUUGUGUAUAGCCACGCCUGUAGAUACUAGUUGCGCAGCUGUUCUGUCAUCUGCAGUUAACAUGAACGCAAAUCAAAUACCACUUUUACAUAUUUAUGUAACUUCGAAAUGGUCUUAUUUGGCCUUACUUCGUCGUGCAAAAGCUGUUUUCAAAUAAUGAGAAAAAAAACAUUUGCCUGUGAAUAUGGAUCUAACUCCAUCGAAUAUGAAGGCCCAAACAUCUGUUAUCACCAACAGGCAACCUGAUGGUCUGUUUUCUCGUUGAAGCUCAGGGACUAAGUAUUGUUACUAAAUACGAUAUACCAUUUGUGUAGUUUGGAUUUUAUAAUGGUUCAGCUUCCACAUUGCUUCCCUGUUCGCAUUUUUAUAGCUCGACAGAUGAAUUGUAUGUCUUGAGACAACAUCUGUUUUUAAUUACGACACAAAAAAUGAGACUGAAGCUUGGAUACAAGGGAUGCCGUAUUCGAAAUCGCUUUUAUGUAUUGUUGCGGGUCUAUUGAAACAAAUUAUGCUACGAAACAGUUAUUUCUUUCUGUGGGAACCCAAAAUUUACAAAACAUCCUGCCAAGGCUUUAAAGUGAAUUGAAAACUGAUCCGUCAUUGACGGGCGUGUCAUUGUUCCAAGUGAAGAUUACAAGACCGACUGAUGAGCAAUAACGAUGAAAGUAUUUAUGUCUUUAAAACAAUACAUUUGUUGCUUUGUUUACACAUAAAAGCUAUUUUCAUUGACAACUAGUAAAAUACAAUGACCAUAAUAUGAUUAUUGUAUGUCCCAGACAAAGCAGACAUCGUAACGGUAACCUUACAUUUGAGGGCUACUGGUUAUUAAUAUUUCUCACUAUUUCAAGCAUUUACGCAUUGUUGACACAUAUACAUGUCGAUUACAUUGGUUAUUUCAAUGGAACAAAAAUAUCCCCUCCGCAAGUUUGUUGUGUUAUACUGAAUACGAUCAAGCUUUGGUUGAAAUUUAGAUUGUAUGGAUAUUAGGAUAUAUACUACAACCUACAUAGUAGCCGUGUCGCACGAUGGAUAUUGAUACAAUUAAACUGGACUGGAGACGUUUCAGCCAUGUAUUCAGCCAUCUACACCUGUGUUCUAUUAAUGAAUCAAUUUUUACCACUGUGUAUGUCUGAAGUAUAUGUACUUCCAACAAAAUACAGAAAAUGUCAUGACAAAAUACAGAAAAUGUGUUAAAUUAACCAACAUGAAAGAUCUCACAUUUUGAAACAGAUCAACUAAAAGAAAAUGUUUCAUGUUAUACAAUUUGAGUCACCAUUCAGGCAUUUAUAUAAGCUAAAACAGCAAACAUCGCCAUAAUAUAAUAGCGAGAUGAACUCUGUGGGUGUUGUAAAUAAUGAAACACCACUGUCGCCAUAGCAAUGACAGUUCAUCUUAUCUUGAGCACUUUAUUUAGUAAAAAUUUGAUCUACAUGAUGGUGACUUUCCAUCUGUAUUAGCACCAUGAGACCUUUUGCAAUAGCGAUGGCAAUUAUAUGGAUAUUAUUAUACACGUAUAUGAAUUAUACUUGUCCUGUGAUCUAGACCAGACGGUCCGGACGUUCGUAACAAAGAGCCAUCGUAUUCUGAGUGUUCUAAAGCCCCGUUUACACUACGCUCGAUUUUUGGUGCUAGUCCAAGAACCAAAAAAGUGGUACGGGUACCAAUUUUAUCUGUGCCGUACCAAAAAUUGAGCGCAGUGUAAACGGGGCUUUAUUGUUUUUGCAGUUGCAUUAUAUCAUUUGAAAGAAAUGCACUGCCAAAAACUUUGACUCAAAAACUUGUUUGAGUAAAGUAAAUAAAUCUUUAUCAUUACUAAAAAAGUGAGUAUUUUGAAACUUUACUCAAAAUGUUGAAUAAUUUGCUCAUAUACAUUUGAGUACUUUUCACUGACCAUUUUGAGUCACUGUGAGUCUAUCGGUGUACUAUCUUACUCUCGUUUUUAAGUCAAAAUACUCAGGGAGUUUUUGCAGUGUACCAAUGACUUUACAUACAAUAUGACAACUGCAGUUACACUCGGUGGCUAGACACAGCAACAGGUCAUGCUAGCUAUGCGAAUUUUUGAUGAUUUGCAUUUACUACCUUUAGAAAUGUAUCGUCUUUAACCUAAUUAGAUGCAGGUUUAUUAGCAUAUCAUGACCAGUUGCCAUGACUAGAUUCGCCACUGGCUCUGUGGCAAUUAAAAUACUGAAUUCAAAGCCAAAACUAGACUUAAUUUAUGAGUGUUUUGUACAACUAAAGUAGAUGACUAUAUAACCAAUUUCUUUUCAGGACAACUUUACUGCAAGGCUCACUACGGCAAACAAAUUGGGCAUUGUGGUUACGGAUAUGGACUUGGCGCUGGAACAUUCCAUUACACGGAAUAACUGGACAUAAAUCGUAGUGAUAUUAUAAAUAUGCAUCGUUUCGAGGUUUAUUAUUUGUAGAUUUUUGAGGAAAUUAUUGAAAGUGUUUAUUCCUUGUCAAAUGCUGGAGUAUUAAAUGUCUUUAUUGUAACUAUUGCUAAAAAAAUAAAAGUUCGUUUUUAGAAUAUUCA